AUGAAAGGCGUGGAGGCAACACCAGAGGAACAGGAACGGUUAGCGACCGGAAAUAACAAUGGAUCCCUUGAUUGCAAGUUGCCCCAACAGCAGGAGCCCGAGUCGCGAACGGCCUUCCAUUCGACGCGCGUCUUCAUGCUGGUAUUUCUCUCGGGUUGGGUGCUGCAGGGCAUGUUUCUCACUUAUUUCGUGAGCGUGACAACGACAAUUGAGAAGCUCUUUAAAGUGGAGUCGAAGACGACAGGCACGCUACUAGCGGCGACAGAAAUUGGACAGAUAUGCACGGCGUUGUUCCUUACUUAUCUGGCUGGUCGUGGCCACCGGCCGCGAUGGAUUGCUUGUAUGAUGCUCGUGCUCGCUGUCGGAGUUAUCGGUUGCAUGAUGCCUCACAUGUACUAUGGCACUGAGUUGCUAGAGGUGCAUUUAGACUCGCACACGGCCGGUGCGGGGCCAGUUUGUGCUGUAGACAAGAACUCAUCUCUAAUCAAAUGUGAUGACGCUCAAGUAAAGAGCUCAGAAACCAGGUCAUCGAUUACCGCGGUCGUUAUUCCUUGGCUAUUCAUCUGCCUUCUCGUGGUUGGUGUGGGACAAACCGGAAUCGCCACUUUGGGUAUACCUUACGUCGAUGACAACGUUGGAAGCAAACAAUCGCCACUUUACAUGGCGAUUACCAUCGGUAUCAGAGUGAUCGGACCGGCGUUAGGCUUCUUGCUGGGAGCGCUCUGCACAAGGGUCUACGUGGAUCCUCUGUCUGAUCCCGGCUACGAUAAUACCGAUCUACGAUGGGUCGGCGCUUGGUGGCUUGGUAUGGUGUUUAUAGCGGGAUUUAUAGUGAUCCUUUCGGUGCUGAUGUUCUUCUUCCCGCGUCAAAUCAAGCAGAGUCCGCAGCCGCUGCCGCCGAAGAAGAGCAAGGAGAAGAAUGAACCUUUCUUCAAAGAUUUCUUUGCGACAAUAAAAAGGCAAGUCACAAACGACAUUCUCAUGUGGCGAACGGCGAGCUCCGUUCUGCACCUCAUGCCGAUCAGCGGGGUGUACAGCUUCCUGCCCAAAUACUUAGAGAAGCAGUUCCGGCUGCCGACUCAUGACGCCAACCUUGUCUCGGGUCUGGGUGGUAUUCUCGUCAUGGGAUUGGGAAUAAUAACUUCAGGGGUGGUAAUAUUGAAAUUGGUACCGACAGCAAGACAGGUAGCUGCUUGGACGGCCGCCUCAGCUGCUUUAUAUAGUGCGGGUAUGGUGCUAUUGAUGUUUAUCAGUUGUCCCGAAGAGAGUUUUAGAAUGUUGAGCGAAAACGGUGUCACAAGCAACCUGUCGUGUAGUGCCAACUGUCACUGUGAUGGCGCCGCCUACACACCCGUUUGUGGCCAGGACGCGUUCACGUACGUGUCGGCGUGCCAGGCGGGCUGCGCGGGCAGCCGCCAGCUCGACAACAGCACGUGGCUCUACUACAACUGCUCCUGCGUAGACGAACACGAGCGCGGCGAGAAGGUCCUCAACACCCUCGAACGGUACGAAGUGAUGAAUUCAUCGCAGCUUGAGUGGGGUGGGUUGGCGGUGAGCGGCGAGUGUGGCGGCCCCUGCCGGCAGAUCUACGCGUUUAUUGCCAUCUUCGCGGCCUCUAUGUUCAUACACGCUACUGGCGAGGUUGGCGCCGUGCUGCUCAUCAUACGUUGCACAGACAAACAUGACAAGGCGAUGGCGAUGGGCGUGAUCCAGUUCGCGAUCGGCGUGUUCGGCAAUGUGCCGUGCCCGAUCGUGUUCGGCGCCGCCGUGGACGCGGCGUGCCGCCUGCGCGACACGGCCUGCGGACUGAUUGGCGCCUGCGCGUCCUACGACAACGACAGCCUGCGGCACUUCUACCUAGGUCUGUCCGCUGGUUUGAUGUUCCUCGCGUUCAUAAUGGACUUGCUGGUGUGGAGCAAGGCAGGCCGAAUCGACAUGAAUCCAGCCGAGCCGGCGCCUGACGCUGCGCCGCUCGCCGCCCGCUCGCCUACCGACACGCAACUUUGA